AGGAGGUAAGGUAGGAAAAAUGGCGGAUGAAAGCGAGGAUCAAUGGUUAUACGGGGAUUCAACGGACGGCAAGGAGUACACGUCGACGAAUAUUCAAUCAGAGAUUCAGCAAAAUGACUCGACACUCUCCGAAGUUCAGGAGAACUUGCAAAUUCGGGAGGAUCAGAAAAUGGAAGGUACUGGUGAAAUACCGUCCGAGAUGCAAGAAGUUACCGACUCUCUUGGCGAUGGUGAUGAAGAAUCUUCUUCGUUGAAUAACGCACAAGAAGAAAAUUUAGAAGCAAGUAAAAAUGGGACGAGAGAUGCCUCUAGUCAGGAAGAUGGCGAAGCUCCUAGCGAAUCUGAUUCCGAUGAUGAUGUACAUGUUGUUAUUGGUGAUAUCAAAUCAGCACCAACAUAUGGUAAUUUAAAUAUCAAAAGAGGAGGAUUGCUAACAAAUACAUCUGGUGUAUCAGACAAAUUGAACAAACAGCCAGGAAAGUUCAGUAUAGAUGAAUUUGAAACUAUCGGCGUGAUCAAUGGGAUACCAGCCCAUGAGUUUAAUUUAGAUCAAUUGGAAGAUAAACCAUGGAGACAACCUGGUGCAGAUAUCACAGAUUAUUUCAACUAUGGUUUCAAUGAAGAUACCUGGAGAGCGUAUUGCGAACGUCAGAAGCGAAUGCGAAGCGAGUCUGGAGUGGGAUUGGUCUUAAAUGCGGGUAGCGGUAGUGGUAAUCCAAGUGGCAUGAGAAUGCCUCAAGUGGCGAUAACCAAUGACAACAGCAAAUACUCUGGCAUUAUGGGUCCUAAGAGAGCUGGCCCACCACCUGGAAGGAAAAUGGCAGGGACUAUAGAUGUUAUAGGAAGUUCUGGUUUAGCUUCUAGAAGAAAUCUGGAUAAAUCCCCACCAAAGGGAAAUGUUAUACAAGUUAUGACUGCUGACAGAAGAGAGUAUUCUAGAAAACCAGGUUUUCCUGACAUGAGUGUACCACCUCCUGGAGCAGGAAUGCCACCACCGCCAUUUGAUAUUCCUCCACCAGGAUAUGCUGGAGAACCGACGCCAUUCUAUAUGCCAGAAACUGAUCCAUAUUAUCAGAGUUAUGAACCUACACAAGACAACCAAUGGGGCAAUGACCCAACAUGGCAGCCAACAAAUCUGGCAAUCCCGAUGACUGAAGGUGAAGAUGACAAAGAUAUGGGACCUAAGACGAUACCUACGAUGGUUCCACCAACAAACAUUCCACCUCUGAUGCAGCCGCGCGAUCAGAGGGAUGGUAGAGACAGGGAACGAGACAGAGAUAGAGAUCGCGACCGGGAAUUGGAUUCCAUGAGCAGAGAUAGGGACAAGGAUAGAGAUCGCGAUCGUGAUAGAGAAAAGGACUCCAUGAUGAGGGAUCGCGAUAGAGACUCUAUGACGCGAGAUGAGGAUCGAGAGCGUGAUAGAUCCAGGUCUCAAUAUCGACAUAAAGAUCGACAUCGGCAUCGAUCAAGAUCGCGAUCUCGUAGACACAAGUCAAGAUCACGGAGUCCAACUCGGUCGCGUAAGAAGAAAUCUAGACGCUCGGAUAGGGAGCGUUCCAAGGAAGAAAGUGAAUAAAUGUGUGUACACAUAAAACCUUUUACUGUAUUAAUUUACGGCGUCAUAGUAUAUGAGGUGCAUCAUAGAAUUAAGUAAUCAUUUUACAUAAAAUAAG